AGAGAGCGCGCGGGCGCGAAGGAAGGAAGGCACGAACUGUCGAACUGCCGCUGCUGUCUCGCGCUAGAAGGAAGAGGGGAGGGGGAGGGUCUAAGGAGAAAAAGAGCGCUCCUGAUUGGGCGGCGGAGGGAGGGUGAGUGGCAGGCUCUCACCUGAGGGCGUUGCUGAGGCCCCGCCCACUUCCCUGAAGGAGAGUGGGAAGGAAAGGGGAAAGGGAAGGGAGGAGGAAGCCUGGUUUCUGAGGGGGUCAUUUCUCUUGAGGGGUGGGUGACAGGGAACUAUUAGCUUCCAUAGCUGUGUGUGUGAAUCUUCUCCAUUGGGGACUUUCCAUUGGGGAGGCUUGAGGGUCCCCAAUCCCUGUGUAUUUGGGAAGGAGUGUUAACUUCUGGAGGAACAUUUUAGGCGUUUCAAGGCCUAUUUUGGGAAGAAGCAAGGGAGAAACCCUCUUGUUUCUGAGGGUUUGUCCAAGUUUGGGUCUCUGACCUUUAUUUUGGGAAGGGUUUCUUCUGGAGGAUUUUAUUAAAACAGAGCUUUCAUUGUAGGCCUUCAUCCUGUUUGUGGGGGGAGGACUGCAAUUUUAAUUUGGGGUGUGUGUGUAUCUGUGGCCUACUUUAAAGGGUUGUUUCCCUUCUGUGGGAGAAGACAACAUUUUGAGGCGUGUUUGAAUUUUUCACUUCCUUCUGAUCUUGUAGUCUAUUAUCUCUCAAUUUUCUUUCUUUCUGUCAUUUCUAUUUGAUCUUGAAACACUCCUAUUUCUCCCCAUUUGUUGUGUUUCCAGAGCAGAGACUUGUUACUCUAUAUUGGAAACCCAGAAUAAAGGUGUGUAGGUUAAAAUAAAUUAGGACAGAUUAAAAAAAACUUUUCUAAGGGAAAGAAGAUGAUUCUAUAUUUGGGGGCACUUUGCCGCAGAAGAAGUCUCUGCUUUGGGAUCUCUGUCAGUGGCUCCCUGAGGGAUCUAGUGGAUCACUUCUGAAAGGGUUGGCCCACAGAUCUUAAACUUGCAGAGACUUUAAAGGUCAGGGUCUGUUCCUUUUGCAGCCUGUUUUUUUUUUUUAAAGAUUGUGAAGAGGCCAGGCUUACAUAGGUGUCAGGUGUCAAGGUAGGAACUGGGAUGUAAAUUAGUACCAAAAGGCCUAUAUUUUGGGAGUUGAAGUCUGUCAUUACUCCCAUUAUACGGCUCGCCUGCAUGCACAUUACUUCCUUCCUGCUCCUGCUGCUGUUUAAUUGACCUUACACCAGGGAAAUGUCGGAGCUGAGGAGGCGAGGAGCUGCAGGAGAUCAUGAAACUGACAGCAUCCUUGACAAGGAUGCAGAUGGUGAUGAAAGGUUUGCAGAACUAGAUCUCAGAACUGAUUUAGAUGUUCCUGAAGUUGUUCCAGCAAAAGACAGCACUCCAGAAAUUUUUAAGAAGGCCCUUUCUGGCUUAUCUUCCAGAUGGAAGAAUUGGUGGAUUCGAGGGAUUUUAACAUUACUUAUGAUUUCAGUUUUUUUCCUGAUCAUAUACAUGGGAUCAUUUAUGCUGAUGCUUCUUGUCUUGGGCAUACAAGUGAAAUGUUUCCAUGAAAUCAUCACUAUAGGUUAUAGAGUUUAUCGUUCGUAUGACUUGCCAUGGUUUAGGACACUAAGCUGGUAUUUCCUGCUUUGUGUGAACUACUUCUUUUAUGGUGAGACAGUAGCAGAUUACUUUGCUACAUUUGUUCAAAGACGAGAGCAGCUUCAGUUCCUAAUUCGCUAUCACCGGUUUAUAUCCUUUACACUUUAUCUAGCAGGUUUCUGCCUGUUUGUAUUGAGUUUGGUGAAAAGGCAUUAUCGUCUACAGUUUUACAUGUUCGCAUGGACUCAUGUCACUUUGCUGAUCACUGUAACUCAAUCCCAUCUUGUCAUCCAAAAUCUGUUUGAAGGCAUGAUCUGGUUUCUGGUUCCAAUCUCAAGUGUUAUUUGCAACGAUAUUGCAGCUUAUAUCUUUGGAUUCUUUUUUGGCAGAACUCCAUUAAUUAAGCUGUCACCCAAAAAGACCUGGGAAGGCUUCAUUGGCGGCUUCUUUACCACAGUUGUGUUUGGAUUCAUUGCUGCCUACCUUUUGGCUCAAUAUCAGUAUUUUGUAUGCCCUGUGGAAUACAACAGUGAGACUAACAGAUUUGUCACAGAGUGUGAACCUUCAGAACUGUUCCAGUUGCAGAAAUACUCCUUACCACCAUUACUUCAAGUUCUUCUAGGAAAAGAAUCGGUGAAUUUGUAUCCAUUCCAAAUGCAUAGCAUCGCUUUGUCAACUUUUGCAUCCCUAAUUGGGCCAUUUGGAGGUUUUUUUGCUAGUGGAUUUAAAAGAGCUUUCAAAAUAAAGGAUUUUGCUGACACUAUUCCUGGUCAUGGUGGAAUAAUGGACCGCUUUGACUGUCAGUACUUGAUGGCUACCUUUGUUCAUGUCUAUAUCACCAGUUUCAUAAGAGGCCCUAAUCCCAGCAAAUUACUGAAACAGCUGUUGGUGCUGCAGCCAGAAGAGCAAUUAAGUGUUUAUAAAACUCUGAAGUUGCAUCUCAUUGAAAAGGGGAUCCUUCAGGCACCUCUGAGGGGAUAGAACGGCCAAAGUGUGGAUUGCAAAGAGAAGCACAACUGGAAAUGCAGUUUUGCUUGUACAGAGCAAAGUGCGUUGGACUGAAGACAGACGGUGGGUCUGAAAAUAUGAAUGUCUUGUUUACUGAGAUUACUGUGAAUACCCAGGAGGCAAUGCAAGGUUUUAGUUCUUUUCCAACAAUUGCAUGUUUCUGUUACCUAGUUCAGUUUCUUGGGUUGAUGAAAAGAGACAUCUCCCUUAGUUUUCAGCUUCAGGUUUUUAUUUUUGUUUUUAUUUUUUUAAAAUAACUAUUUUUAAAUGGCGAGGCACACACUCCUUCGAUCUAGACUAAAAUAAAUAAAUAAAGGGAUUCUUGGGAGUGUGCAAAUCCUUCAUAAGAACUCAUUUUAAUGCAAUGCUAUUAAUGACUCCAGUUCAUUUAAUAACAUUUAAUAUUACUGUGUUGGCACUACAAUUUUAGUUGACAGUGUGACUAAAUAAUCAAGUGGCAAUAGACACUGUUUUAUGCUGUUAUAUUACCUCCAAAAAUAGGAAAGGGGGCUGUGACAAAUACCUUCGUUUUCUGGAUUCCUCAGGUUUGUUUGUUUCUGUAUUUGCAAAGCCUGGGGUGGAGGAACCAGCAGGUGGAAAGGCACAGGUCCUUGUCAAAGCGAAGUACCCUUUCUGAGGUGGGAGAAGGGAGUCACAAGGAUCGUUCUGAAGCACAAAACACCUCUUGUCCUCUUCUUUACCAGCAUGCUUUAUCCAGGACUUUUGGGCCCCAAGGAUUGGUGGCUCUUAAAAAUGUGUUCAGUUGUGCCUCAGGGUUGAGAGAGAUGUGGCUUAAUGGAAAUUCUUUUCUCUGCCUUGUGUUAAGUGCAAUACGUGAGCAAUCUCUAGCCUCAUUGAGACCAUUUUCAUGAAGACAGGGUGGCCUUGUCUGUUAUGGCCCGUUGGCUAAAUGAGCUCUAGGAUGAGAGGUGAAUUGGCUCUCCCAUCCGUCUCCACUGUGAUCCUGAGGGCAUUUGUUCGGCAACAUCCCUGAUCUGGAUCUGUGGGAAGGGCGGGCCUUCAAGUGGUAGCCAACUCUGCUUAUGCACAAGUCUGUAUGAAAUGCAUCAUUCCUAAUAUUCAUGGCACGAGUUGCUGCUUUGUAGUUUCUUUCAUCAUGUAAUAAUCCAAAACUAUAUUUUAAAGCAAAUAAAGUAAUAACUUUGAUGCACACAUAAACCAAAAACGUAGUGUGGUAGUGAUUAAUGUAAUAGGACUUGAGGGCAUUAGGAGUACAAUCCUGCCUGCAGCGGCUUAUGGUGAAAACCUUAUGAAGAGGAGCUGCAGUUUCCACUUAGAUGAAAUGGGCUUUGUGCAAGACAACAUUCAAACAGCAUUGUAUCUAGGGAUAAACCUUCUUUUCAAUGAACUGCUCAAGCUUGGUAUUUCUGCUUUGUUGGACGGCAACAGAUACAGCUUAGUCUGGCCUCCUUAAGCUAAACCAUGUAGCAAAAGUAACAGCACGUUAACUUCUGAUUCUUGCAUGAAUGACAUUUGUUUACAUCACGCUUGAAGCUCAUUUAUGUUCUAUUGCAAUGUUAGAGAUUAUUCUGGAGUAGGUGAGUAGCGGAUUGCCAAUGUUUAUAUGCUAAGCACUAACUUGUAGAAGAGUUGGGGUACAUUAUUGCACAUGUUCUAAUUUGCUUCGGUAGCAAAGGAGCAAUGCUGGUGUGUCUUCUUUAUGUGCUUUUCCAAUUAUGACAAAAUCAGAUACAGAAAGCCCUGAUGGUGUGGCAGCGUCAGCUGUAAUUUUUUGCCAUUCGGGGUAUAGGGAAGAGCUGUUUUGUGGUUUUUUUUUUUUUUUUUUUACAAAUCAGCUUAUUGCAAGGGCACAUGUAGGACACAAAUAUCUUGACAGCAGGAAACAGUCAUUUUGGGGCCAUGAGGCUGGAUAGAUUCUUAUAAGUUACAAAACAACUUGUCCAUUUACAUUUACACAUCAAAUUAAUAUGGUACUGGGUUUUCUGAAGAAGUUCAACCUUGUUGUUUGUGAAGUCUAGCACAUGGUGGACUUCUUCAGAUGACACAGUUGCAUUAGGGCUUUACUUCAUCCACUCUUCCCUGCAUUAUUUCAGUGUCUAUACAGGAGAUGAGUAGGAACAUGCCUGCAUUUGCCCUUGUGUGGACCUGUGGUGAUCCCUAUUUAUUUGUAGCACACCAUCAUGGGUAGUGGCAGUCAGUGAUCUUGUGUUUUUAAAUACGCCUCUCUUACAGGACUUUUCUGUGCAUGAGUAGAUUUUUUAGUUUCCUAAAGUGCUGGGGUCACCUGUCAGUCUUUUGGACUAAACACAAACAACCCAAUGGGUUUAAACUGGGAAGCUAAAACAGAGCACAGCCUAAAACUUAAGGGAGAGCCUAAUUGAAAAAUAAUGCUACUGAGUUCAGGUUUUAAGACUUCAGAAGGAAUAUUUGCACUGAAAUGAGUAAUUACUGGUAUAGGCUGCUGAGAUGUGGGUCUUAACAGUUUUCCUAGAAAACAUCAGCCUAAUUAGUCUGUCCUGAAGAUGACUCAUAGGAGAAAAUACAGAAUUUAGUUUUAUUGUAUAACUGUAACAUUUGGGUUGUUUUGGUGUAAUGUCUUUAGUGUUUGUUUUGAAAUAAGAUUGUAAUUAAGCCAUUAAAUUUAAGAGAGGAGCUGAAUCUGCCAGCUCUGUUGCACUGUUAAAGAACCCAUUGUAAAAUGCUGCUAUUCAUUAAAAGUGAAAUGUUUUUGGAUGUACUCUUACUGUUUAGAAUUAUUUUGUCUCCAGAAUGCUAUUGAAGAAGGGCUUUCCGUGUGCUUUUCAGAGACCAUGUAAGAAUAUUACGUGCUGUGGGUGAAAACUCACACUUCAGGUAUACAAUAUAAGCAGGUUGUGGCAAAGUCUAUAAAGUGGUGCCAGUAGGAAACCAUUUGCUAAGCCUUACAAUUUCAAUUAAAACUGAAAACUGUGAAGGAGCCGUGCUCUCUGAAUUGCACCAAUACCAGUACAUUCUUCAUGUCUUGGAACUUGAUAUAGAAAGGCGAGUGGAAAUCUGCUUGUUUUAGCUUGUAUUUUCUUCAUUACACACCCAGGAUAUUUCAGCUACCCAUUUUCCCUUUCUCUGUUUAAAUAAACGGUGUAAUGAAAAUCCUUCCAAUAUUUUCCUUAAACAUGCACUUCUCUUGGGUGAGACAUCUCUGCCUUGUUUAGCAAAACUGUAGAAAAUUAUGUGUAUAUAAUGCAAAUGUUGAACAUAGACAUAUAUCUUAGUUUACUUUUGUAGAGAUGGGCUUGGGGAUAAUAAAAGCUCUGAUCAAAGUCUUAA